GUUUGCAUGCCUAUAAGGUGGUUUAAAUGUGGAGGGCUUUUUUUUGCCAAGGCAUGGUCUCUUCGUGCUGUUGUUAAUGACACAGGAAGUGGUUGGAUAGUUGAGGGGCACACAGAGAUUGAAAUCUCAGAAAGAAACUUACUGGUAUCAUUCAAGAAUUGGAAUAUCAGUCAAUCAACAUCUGUUCUCCCUCCUGCACACAAUAUCUUAGGUAUUUGUCAGGCUGGACUGUUGUUGGAACCAUGGACACUCACAAACCCACAUGAGGGAAAUCAUUGGCAUGUGCUUGCAAAUGGAGCUUAUGUCUAUGGUUUUCCAAUCUGGCUUUACUGUGAUGAUACUUCAGGGAAUGUAUCAAAACGUUGGAACAAGCACCAUUCAUUCCUGUUCACACCAGCUGGCUUGCCACAUGCUGCAGUGCAUCAGGAAUACAAUGUUCACUUCCUAUGCACAUCUAAUGUUGCACCACCCCUUGAAAUAUUGGAUGGUUUUGUAAAUCAGCUUGAGGCUGCUCAAGAGACAGGUGUAUGGGCAUGGGAUUGUGUACACAAGGAGCAAGUGUUAAUGAUUCCCUCUGUCUUAGCCCUGUUGGGGGACAAUCCAAUGCAAAGUGAGCUUGCCUGUCAUGUAGGGUUGAGGGGAAAAUACUUCUGUCGUGUUUGCAAUGUCAAAGGCCAUGACACUCAAGACUUGGACACAAAUGCUAAUGAUGAAACACUGGAGCAGAGUGAUGGAGGACAGAGUGAUGGUCAGAGGUCAGUCAGGAGUGCAGGGGGGGAGUCAGUUAGUGGUAGAAAGAAGGGAAAAGGGAAAGAGACAAUGAGUGGUAUGGUUUCUCCAAUUAAGCAAUUUCUGAAGGUAUGGGCACAUAUGACUCAGUCAAUAAUUGAGCUCAAAUCAAUGUUUACAAUGGCAUCUACCAUAGGGAAUCAAACCAAAAUCAAGGAGAAGAUGACAUCAACUGGAUUGAAAGACACAUAUCUUGAAUACUUUAUCAAUGGGAUGGCAGCAUCAUGUAAGAGGCAGCAGGGAAGCAGUUCAAAGCAGGAGGCACUGGAUGUGUUCAUCAAGGGACUUCCUGAGAAUGUGUAUAGCCCAGUGUGGUGCAUCAAAGAAAAAAAUCCUCACAACCUCAUAGGACUUAAUCCUCAUGCAGACACUCCUGUGGAGGUGCUGCACACUGUUCUUUUAGGAUUUGUCAAGUAUUUCUGGAGAGAUGUGGUGAACAUCAGGGUUGGCAAGAACAAAAUAAAGUGUGAACUUCUUGAAGCUUGCCUGUCUUCAUUUGAUACAACAGGGCUAGGGAUACCACCCCUGUCUGGUCACACCCUUGUCCAGUAUGCUGGAUCAUUGGUGGGCUGUGACUUUCGUGCAAUAGCACAGGCUGCACCAUUUGUUCUCCAUGGACUUGUUCCACAAGAAUGCUAUGAGGCCUGGGUAGCAUUAUCAAAAAUGAUCCCCCUCAUUUGGAAACCAGAAAUUGAAGAUGUUGAUGCUCACUUGACACAACUUGAAAUUGCAAUUCAAGAAUUUCUUGCUUGCACUGCAUGCUGGACACCUCACUGGUUCAACAAACCCAAAUGUCAUAUAUUGCUCCACCUUCCAGAGCAUAUCCAUCAUUUUGGUCCUGCUGCCUUGUUUGCCACUGAAGGAUUUGAGUCAUUCAAUGCAGUCAUCCAUGCCAAAAGUGUUCACUCAAACCAACAAUCUCCAUCACGUGACAUUGCAAAGGCAUUUGCUCAUGGAAACCGCAUUCAUCACAUUCUCAGUGGUGCUCCAUUACACAUCCAUGCAAAUCACCCCAACCUUGGAGUUCAAAUAAAGAAGCUGAUUGAGAAGCCACCUCUGGAUGCCCUGAAUGCUGGAGAUGCUGGAGUUUGGUGGCCUGCAGGCACAGCCCUGCUGACACUUGUUAGUAAACCCAAUAUUAUCACAGAUUAUCUGGGUAUGGAUAGCUCCUCUCUAUCAAAGCCAGGAUCUUGUGUAAAGGACAACCUGCCCUGGCAUCCAUACCAUGAAACCAGGACUGGCCAACAAUUCCCCACAGCUCUCUCUUUCCUUUCCCAGGAAAUACUCCAUGACAAUAAUUUUCAUACAUGCAGGUCUAUGAUCUUGAUGAAUGGGGACAGAUGCAUUCCAGGCCAAUGGGUUCUCAUUCACCAACAGAAUGGGUCAACUGCAGAGAUGACAUCUUCCCCAGAUGCCAUUUUUCUUCAGUCAGGAAAAAUACAGGGAUCCACCAGACCUUAUCAGAUGCCAUUAGUGCAGUAUGAUGAUACCAAUAUACUUCUCCCCAUUGAGUUACUGUGCUCAGUCAACCUUCAGCAUUGUUGUGAUAUCCACAAUUGUGCUGCAGCUCACCAGGGAACAUCCAAUACCUCCCCCAGUAUUGUUCACAAGGGAAACCCAAAUGAUUUUGUGCUAAACACUGCAAAAAUGUGUGAUGCCAAGCACAUUCUGCCCCUAGUUUGUGAACCCCUAACUCCACUCAGCACAGAUCAUGCAAUUAUGGAGGGUUGUGAUUGUGAGAUAGACAAUAAAAAAUCUACACAAUACCCAAACAAUACCCCCCAACCUUGGGCAAGCUCAUCAGGGCAUUCUAUUAGGCUGAUUAAAUAG